AUCUGCAUUGAGGGCAACAUUGCAAGUGGGAAGACAACGUGCCUGGAAUUCUUCUCCAACACAGCAGACGUUGAGGUGUUAGCGGAGCCUGUGUCCAAGUGGAGGAAUGUCCGUGGUCAUAACCCUCUGGGGACCUGUGGCUUGGCUUUCCCUGAAGAGCCCUGGGCUUUCAGCAGUUAGCUGGGAGGCAGUCGAGGAACAAAAAUGAUGAAGAGCGGAAGGACGGUAACUGAGGGUCUCAUGUACCAGGAUGCCUGUCGCUGGGGCCUCACGCUGCAGACCUACGUGCAGCUCACCAUGCUGGAGCAGCACACACGUCCUCAGAUGUCACCCGUGCGGCUGAUGGAGCGGUCGAUUCACAGCGCGAGAUACAUUUUUGUUGAAAACCUGUAUCGAAGUGGGAAGAUGCCCGAAGUGGACUAUGUGGUUCUGUCAGAAUGGUUUGACUGGAUCAAGGAGCACGUGGAUGUGUCUGUGGAUCUCAUCGUUUAUCUCCGGACCACCCCUGAGACUUGUUACCAGCGGUUAAAGAUGAGAUGCAGGGAGGAGGAGAAGAUCAUUCCACUGCAAUACCUGGAUGCCAUCCACCACCUGUACGAGGAAUGGCUGGUGAAGGGAGGCUCGUUCCCAGUGGCAGCUCCUGUUCUGGUGCUGGAGGCUGACCAUGACAUGCAGAACAUGUUAGAAAUCUUGGAACGAAACCGGGAGCGGAUCUUAGCUGCAGGGAGUCGGCUGCCUGGGCCAUAGCACAGGAAGGGCCACACCAGGAGCAUGUGCGACCGCAGCUGAGUUAUUAGGGACCCCCCCAGACAGCCCCUCCCAGACUGCCCUUCGCCCUUGUGGUGAAGUGUCAACGAGAACUUGACCUGGCCUGCGGGGUUCACCAUCCUGCAUUUCCCUGGACGUCCGCCUGUCCAGCGCUGCUCCUCGGCUGCGCCCCUUUUGUUCAGAGAAGACCCACCCGAGAUCUCGCUGCGCGUCUGGACUAACCCUCAGCCCUCCCCACCGAGGGGCCAGGGCUGGAGUCUGGAACUUGGGGAGGCCCUGGGCUCAGGGACACGGGUGGGCUCCCGGACGUUCUCAAGACCCAGGCUGGCUCAGCGGGGGUACCGAUCCCCUCCCCGUGACCUCGCCCUGCUGGGGACCCUCACAGCUGUGGGGAGACCCUGGAGCACAGGGUGCCGGUGACCCUGAGUCUCCUCUUAUCUGAGCCCCUCUCAGCAGCCAUCCGCGUCUCCAGACUUUGCUCAGUUUGCAGCUGGAUCACCUCCCAGAAUUGCGGGGCCGGAUCACUGUCCGGCAGAACGUGGUGUUCCCAUGACGCCCUCUGGACCUCGUGUCCCCAAGAGCGUCAUAGCCGGGCUCCUGGCUUAGUCUCCAUGGUGACCAAGGACGUGCGCGAGCAGCGGACUCUCUGUGGCCGGCAUGGGGGUGGGGUGCCUGGCUUCAGGUUCCCGGCCCACCGUGCCCUGCAUGAGGACCUGUAGGAGAGAGAUGGCAGUGGCACCACAAGUCUUUCUGAUGUCUUACCAGCCAGGACACGGGCACAGAGCUCACAGCCAUACAUUAGGUCAGAAAAACCCUUUGCUUCCUUCAGCCGUAACAAGUGAGGCACAGACUAUGCCGUCCCCUCACCCCACCCUACCCCCACCCCAUGUCAAGGGGGAGAGGAGAGAAGAGGAGCCUCCCCUCCAUCCCCCUGAAGCCUGGAGCCGGGCAUGGCAGUGGGGGAGUGUCCAGGAGAAGGAGACUGGGAAGCAGAAGGAGGGGAUAGCUGUGAGCUUUGGGAAACAGGCCCCAGCCUCAAGCUCGCUUGUGUGAAGGUUGGAAGGCCUCGCCUGGCCCCCAGUGAGAGAGAGAGUGAGAGCAAAAGUGUGUGUGAGAGUGUGUGUGUGUGUGUGUGAGAGAGAAUUUGUGUUUGCGUGUAUGUGAGAGGAGUGUGAGAAUGUGCAGGGGGGAGGAGGAGGAGAGAGAGAGAGAGAGAGAGAGUGUGUGUGUGUGUGUGUGUGUGUGUGUAAAAGAGUUUGUAUGUGUGUAUAAGAGAGAGAGAGAGAGAGAGAGAGAGAGAGAGAGUGUGUGUGUGUGUGUGUGUGUGUGUGUGCAUGUUGCAGGCCUGCUGGAGGAGCGCUAAGAGGGAUCCCUGCUCCUGCUCGCUCCUACCUGUUGGGACCAGUUUGGCUAGCAGUCCAGGGUUUUGGGGACUGAGGCACCCAAAUUUAAGUGAUUGACUAGAAACUUGUGGAGGCAGGAGCCUCUGCCCUAGAGUAGCUAGUCCCUCCCAGUGGUGCCUCAUGCUAACAGCUGGGGUUAAUGGUUAAUUCUGGAUUGCUGAGUUUUAGCACCUUGUCUCCCUUGCCAUUUAGAAUGAAGCAAUUUUUUCCUC